AUGGCAGAAGUGACCGUAAUUUCCUCAAGCAUCGUUCGAGCUGAAGGAAACAUAAACCAGCCGGAACGAACAAAGAUCCAUCUAACCUCAUUUGAUCUCAACCUUCUUCAAGUCGAUUAUACUCAGAGAGGUCUUCUCUUCCCCAAACCCGACCCUGAAAACCAUUUCAUCUCCCGACUAAAAGCCUCACUUUCUUCUGCUCUAGCGAUCUACUUCCCGUUCGCUGGUCGUCUUGUCAAAGUUGACAACCAUGAAGAUAAUACGGUGUCGUUUCACGUCGACUGCAACAACUCCGGCGUCAAAUUCGUCUACGCCAUAGCUGAAUCUGUCUCGGUAAGCGAUUUUCUUCAACUUGAUGGCUCUGUUCCCGAAAUAUUCACGCUCCUCUUCCCCAUGAACGGUGUCAAGAGCAUCAACGGCAUCUCAGAACCCUUGCUUGGUUUACAAGUCACCGAGAUGAAAGAUGGAGUCUUUAUUAGUUUCGGCUACAACCACAUGGUGGCCGAUGGUGCUUCGAUCUGGAGUUUCUUCAGGACUUGGUCAAAGAUUUGCUUCAAUGGUCAACAGGAGAAACUUCAUCAGCCUCUUGUCCUGAAAGGAUGGUUCCUCGACGGAAUCGAUUUUCCGAUCCAUAUUCCGGUUUCUGAGAUAGAAGCAAAGACGGCGACAACAAGUCGUGAAAUUUCGACCAAAGAGAGACUCUUUCACUUCACCAAGAAGAACAUUUAUGAUCUGAAGGCAAAAGUCAACGACGAGAUUGGAUCAAGUGAACAGAGAGUCUCGUCUCUACAAGCGGUCUCGGCUCAUAUGUGGCGAUCAAUGAUAAGACACAAUGGUCUAAACAGCGAAGAAGUGGCGCGUUGCAUAGUAGCAGUGGAUUUGAGGCAGAGGCUAGACCCUCCGCUUGAGAAAGAGUGUUUCGGGAAUGUGGUCUACAACGCAAUAGCUACAACUACAGUUGGAGAGCUUCAGGAUCGUGGCUUAGGGUGGGCUGCUUUGCAGAUAAGUAAAAUGUUGAGAUCGUUGAGGAAUGAAGAUUAUAGAGCUUGUGCGGAGGAUUGGGUUAGAAAUGUAAAGAUCCCAACAUUUGGUGGUGAAAGAAGAAUGGCUGGAAAUUCUAUAAUUAUCUCAGGCUCUCCUAGGUUUGAAGUGUAUGAUAAUGAUUUCGGUUGGGGUAGACCGAUCGCAACUCGAACCGGACCGGGUAAUAGUAUCAGUGGCAAACUUGUACUUUUUCGUGGGAUCGAAGAUGGAAGUGUUGAUGUUCAUGCCACCUUGUUUUCUGAUGUACUUGUGAAAUUAUUGGCUGAUGUUGAAUUUAUGGAGAAUGUGACCAUUACAUGA